AAGUUGGCAGCUAACGCGCCGGUUAGAACAGGGCGCAAAGGGACGUCUAGUUUGGUGAGUUAGAAGGCACCGUGGUCGCUCAGCUUCUGCCUUUCUGGCACUUUAGGGCUUUGGCUCAAGGUCUUCUACUGCCCGAAAAGGACCUUUUGUCUCCUGCCAGCCUCCGGAGGCUCCCGGGGAGCCAGCUUCACUCCUCACGGACACGUGCUGAAUGAGAUAGUACCAUGAAAGGAGAGGAGAAGGGAAUUCCUGUAAGAGUGGCACUGCGUUGUCGGCCCCUGGUCUCAAAGGAGAUUAGUGAGGGCUGCCAGACAUGCCUUUCCUUCGUGCCUGGAGAGCCUCAGGUGGUGGUUGGUACUGAUAAAUCAUUUACCUACGAUUUUGUGUUUGACCCCUCUACUGAACAAGAAGAGGUCUUUAAUACAGCAGUAGCUCCACUCAUAAAAGACAUUUUUAAAGGAUAUAAUGCAACUGUCCUGGCCUAUGGGCAGACCGGAUCUGGAAAAACUUAUUCAAUGGGAGGUGCAUACAGUGCUGAGCAAGAACAUGAAUCAACUAUUGGGGUCAUUCCCAGGGUAAUACAACUUCUCUUCAAAGAAAUUAAUAAAAAGAAUGACUUCACAUUUAGUCUGAAAGUGUCUUACUUGGAGAUAUAUAAUGAAGAAGUUUUGGAUCUUCUAUGUCUGUCUCGUGAGAAAGCUUCUCAAAUAAAUAUCCGGGAGGAUCCUAAGGAAGGCAUAAAGAUUGUGGGUCUCACAGAGAAGACAGUGCUAGUUGCUGCAGACCUUGUUUCGUGUCUAGAGCAGGGUAACAACUCCAGGAGUGUGGCCUCUACAGCUAUGAACUCCCAGUCAUCUCGAUCUCAUGCGAUCUUUACGAUCUCCAUAGAACAAAGGAAGAAAAAUGACAAAAAUAAUAGCUUUCGCUCUAAGCUACAUCUUGUAGACCUUGCUGGGUCUGAAAGACAAAAAAAAACCAAGGCUGAAGGGGAUCGUCUGAGAGAAGGUAUUAAUAUUAACCGAGGCCUUCUUUGUCUCGGAAAUGUGAUCAGUGCUCUUGGAGAUGACAAAAAGGGUAACUUUGUGCCCUACAGAGAUUCCAAGCUGACUCGACUGCUUCAAGAUUCUCUAGGAGGCAAUAGUCAUACUCUUAUGAUAGCUUGUGUGAGUCCUGCUGAUUCCAAUCUAGAAGAAACAUUAAAUACCCUUCGGUAUGCUGAUAGAGCAAGAAAAAUCAAGAACAAACCUAUUGUUAAUAUUGAUCCCCAAGCAGCUGAACUUAAUCAUCUUAAAAAACAGGUCCAACAGCUGCAGGUCUUGUUGCUACAAGCCCAUGGAGGCACCUUGCCUGAAAAUAUAAAUGUGGAACCAUCAGAAAAUCUACAGUCCCUGAUGGAGAAGAAUCAGGCUCUGGUGAUAGAGAAUGAAAAAUUAAGUCGUGGUUUGAGCGAGGCAGCUAGUCAGACAGCCCAGAUGUUGGAGAAGAUCAUUUUGACAGAGCAAGCAAAUGAGAAAAUGAAUGCCAAGCUAGAAGAACUCAGACAGCAUGCAGCCUGUAAAGUGGAUCUUCAAAAGCUAGUGGGGACAUUGGAAGACCAGGAAUUAAAAGAAAGCAUAGAGAUCAUUUGCAACCUACAACAAGUGAUUACCCAGCUAUCUGUAAGCCAAGAUGAAACUGUUUCUUGUAUGACUGCAACCAUGGAGACUGCAGUGGAAGCAGACACUCAAGCGAAAACCAGAGCAGAUACAAGUGGGUCUUCUGAUGUUUUCAGCACUCAGCAUGCUCUACGUCAAGCUCAGAUGUCCAAGGAGCUGAUUCAGUUGAAUAAAGAACUUGCAUUGAAAGAGGCCCUAGCUAAGAAGAUGGCUCAGAAUGACAACCAACUACAGCCCAUUCAGUAUCAAUACCAGGAUAACAUGAAAAAUCUGGAAUUAGAAGUCCUCAGUCUACAGCGGGAAAAAGAAGAGUUGUUUCUUGAAAUUCAAACAGCAAAGAAGGAUGUCAACCAAACCAAGUUGAGUGAGCGCCGUCGCAAACGUCUUCAGGAGCUGGAGGGUCAAAUAGCUGAUUUGAAAAAGAAACUGCAUGAACAGUCCAAACUUUUGAAGCUGAAGGAAUACAGUGAGCAUACUGUCUCAAAGCUGAACCAGGAGAUACAGAUGAUGAAAAACCAGCGAGUACAGUUAAUGCGUCAAAUGAAAGAGGAUGCUGAGAAGUUUAGACAGUGGAAGCAUCAAAAAGACAAAGAAGUAAUCCAGUUAAAAAAACAGGAUCGUAAGAGGCAAUAUGAGCUGUUCAAACUUGAAAGAAACUUCAAGAUACAGUCUAAUGUGCUCAGGCGUAAAACUGAGGAGGCAGCAGCUGCCAACAAACGCCUUAAGGUUGCUCUCCAAAAGCAAAAGGAGGUUGCAGAUAAAUGGAAACAGACUCAAAGCCGUGAGAUGGAAGGCACUGCAGCUCAAAUGAAGAAUUGGCUUGGAAAUGAAAUUGAGGUUAUGGUCAGUACUGAGGAAGCCAAACGCCACCUGAAUGACCUUCUUGAGCAUAGAAAAAUCCUUGCUCAGGAUGUGGCACAGCUCAAACAAAAACGAGAAUCUGGAGAGAAUCCAUCUCCUAAACUCCGAAGGUGCACCUUCUCACUUGAUGAAGUACCUGUCCAAGAUUCAGAAGCAGAGGAUUCUAUUACAAAGGAGAUUGAAAGCCUAGAGACUGAACUGGAGCUCAGGAGUGCUCAAAUUGCAGACCUUCAGCAAAAGCUCCUGGAUGCUGAAAAUGAAGACAGGCCAAAACGACGCUGGGAGAAUAUUGCCACAAUUCUAGAAGCCAAACGUGCCAUAAAGUAUUUAAUUGGAGAGUUGGUGUCCUCCAAAAUACAGGUGAGCAAACUUGAAAGCAGCCUGAAUGAGACCAAAGCCAACUAUAUUGGUGCGCAGAAGAUGCGGUAUGAGGAGAAAAAUCAGUUUGCUGAGAUAGAGACAGAGCUAAAAGCAAAGCUGGUCAAAGUGGAGCAAGAGCACCAAGAAAAGGUGUUGUAUCUUCUCAGCCAGCUGCAGCAAUGCCAAAUGACAGAGAAGCAGCUGGAGGAGUCAGUUAGUGAUAAGGAACAACAGCUGCUGAACACACUGAAGUGUCAGGAUGAAGAGCUUAAGAAGAUGCAAGAAGUAUGUGAGCAAAAUCAGCAGCUUCUCCAAGAAAACAAUGCCAUCAAGCAGAAACUGACCCUCCUCCAAGUAGCCAGAAAAGAGAAACCCUAUCUUAUGAGAAAUGUUCUUCAGUCUCCAGAUUCUUCCUUUGAAUAUAUUCCACCUAAGCCCAAACCUUGCCGUGUUAAAGAAAAAUGUCCAGAGGAAAGCUUGGCCAUUGAGGACCUACAGUGUUCUGUAACUGAGCAGGAGAGUGAUGACAGUGAUGACUAUGCUGAUGAGGAGUGGAUUCCAACAAAAUUAGUCAAGGUGUCCAAGAAGAACACCCAUGGGUGUUCCUGCAAAGGUUGGUGUGGGAACAAGCAAUGUGGAUGCAGAAAGCAAAAGUCAGACUGUAAUGUGGAUUGCAGCUGUGACCCCACAAAGUGUCGGAACCGCCAGCAGAGUCAGGAUAAUGUGGAUGCUAUUGAGCAAACUCAAGAUUCUGAAAACGUCAAACUGGAAGAUCCCACAGAGGUGACCUCAGGAUUAAGCUUCUUCCACCCUGUCUAUGUAACCCCCAAUAGCAAGAUGCUAAAAAAGAUGUGUGAUCAGCUGCUGAGGGAACCUGCUCUUGAUCUUUCCUCUGACCCUCCAGAAGUGAAACCUAUAGCAUCAGAAUCAAAAGAAAAUAAGGCCAUGGGGAAGAAGAAGAAGCGAGCUCUAGCCAGCAAUACCAGCUUCUUCUCUGGGUGCUCUCCUAUCCAAGAAGAGUCCCACUGAGGUCCUUGUCAUUGUCUCUUCCAUCUGCACUGGCCAUGCUCUCAGGGUGCAGCCCGGAGGGGAUGGCACCAAUGACUUCUGUAGCUUUUAGGUCUUGCUAUUGAGAAAAAGAGAAGUGCCAUUGAAAGGAAGAAGACUGUUGCUGACUGUCGGCCUUUACUAUCUAAGUCUUCCACCCGCAAGCGACUACUUUUCUUCUCUAGAAGGUGUUGUGCUUCUAUUGGAGAGAGAACCAAAUGACCUUCCUGAUGACUCAUGAAGAACCAAUCCCCAGUACAAACUAGCUCUUUCUUUGGGAGCGGUUUAGUUGUCUUUUCAUGGAGCUGAGGCCAACAUGUUCUUCUCUCAUGGUCAUGUCAGCUAACAGAGGAGCCUCAUGCAGGGUGAACACCUGGCUCAACUCCCUCCCUGCACACACCUCAAGAAUGUGUCUGGGAGCUUUCCUGCUCCAUUCCAACUCUGGAGUUUUAGAAAACUUUUAAGUGUUUGUAAAUGAAACAUUUUUUUAAAUGUUAAGAAAAUAAAGGAAUCUUAGCUCA